CAGCGAAGAGGUCUGGGAGAGGGAGGGUCCCGCAGAGACGCAAAGUCCAGGACUCCGGAGGGGCUAUUUCCUGCAGCUCCGUGGGGACUGUCUCACGCCGUCUAAGUUUGCUCUGAGGGAAUUUAGCCCCAAGACAGGAAGAAGAGGCUCUCCAGGAGGCCCGGGGGCCCACUCAGCUUAUCGCUCCCCACCCCCACUCCACCUGCACUUCAAUGCCCCGCAGGUCGCGGGCUGCUGCUCUUCCGAAGGCGGCGGAGGACCAGGGGCGCCCUCGUCACCGCUGACUCGGACCCGCGUGGACCACGCCUGAUCGGUGCGCCCAGAGCGUCCCGGUGCGCUUCAGCCCGUUUCAGGUCCUCGAGAGGCAGCCCCGGCCGGGAUGGUCCCGGGCCGGGCGGUGGCCGGGCUCCUACUGCUGGCGGCCGCGGGCGUCGGAGGCACGGCGCUCGGGCCCGGGCUCGCCUUUAGUGAGGAUGUGCUGAGCGUGUUCGGCGCGAAUCGGAGCCUGUCGGCGGCGCAGCUCGCUCGCCUGCUGGAGCAGCUGGGAGCCGCCCCCCAGGAGGGUGUCGCCGAGCCCGGCCGGCUGCACUUCAACCAGUGUCUGUCAGCUGAAGAGAUCUUUUCCCUUCAUGGCUUUUCAAACGCUACUCAGAUAAGCAGCUCUAACUUCUCUGUCAUCUGUCCAGCAGUCUUACAGCAAUUGAACUUUCAUCCUUGUGAGGAUCGGCCCAAACACAAAACCAAACCAAAUAUUUCAGAAGUUUGGGGAUAUGGAUUCCUGUCAGUGACAGUUAUUAAUCUGGCAUCUCUCCUCGGAUUGAUUUUGACUCCACUGCUAAAGAAAUCUUACUUCCCUAAGGUUUUGACCUUUUUCGUGGGUCUGGCUAUUGGGACUCUAUUUUCAAAUGCCAUUUUCCAGCUUAUUCCAGAGGCAUUUGGAUUCAAUCCCAAAAGUGACAACUAUGUUGAGAAGGCAGUUGCUGUGUUUGGUGGAUUUUACUUGCUUUUCUUUUUUGAAAGAGUGCUUAAGAUGUUAUUAAAGACAUAUGGUCAGAAUGAUCACACUCACUUUAGAAAUGAUGACUUUGGUCCUUCUCAUGAGAAAACUCAUCAACCUAAAACAUUACCUGCCAUCAAUGGUGUGACGUGUUAUGCAAAUCCAGCUGUCACAGAACCUAAUGGACAUAUCCAUUUUGAUAACGUCAGCGUGGUAUCUCUACAGGAUGGAAAAACAGAGUCAAGUUCGUGUACCUGUUUGAAGGGACCCAAACUGUCAAAAAUAGGGACCAUUGCCUGGAUGAUAACACUCAGUGAUGCCCUCCACAAUUUCAUUGAUGGCCUGGCGAUUGGGGCUUCCUGCACUGUGUCUCUUCUUCAGGGACUCAGUACUUCUAUAGCGAUUCUGUGUGAAGAGUUUCCUCAUGAGUUAGGGGACUUUGUGAUCCUACUCAGCGCAGGAAUGAGCACUCGGCAAGCCUUGUUAUUCAAUUUCCUUUCGGCGUGUUCCUGCUAUGUCGGGCUAGCUUUUGGCAUUUUGGUGGGCAACAAUUUUGCUCCAAAUAUUAUAUUUGCCCUUGCUGGAGGCAUGUUCCUCUAUAUUUCUCUGGCGGAUAUGUUUCCAGAGAUGAACGAUAUGCUGAGAGAAAAGAUAACUGGAAGAAAAACCGAUUUUACUUACUUCAUGAUUCAGAAUGCUGGAAUGUUAACUGGAUUCACAGCCAUUCUGCUCAUUACUUUGUAUGCAGGAGAAAUCGAAUUGGAGUAAUGGGAAAUGAAAGAUGGUGUUGUUAAUGAAGGCAUUUAAUAAAUGAAAACAUCUCCAAAGGGAUUUUUAAGCUGAUCCUAUUUAGUUAAAAGAUAAUUUUGUUUUCAACUGUAGGUCAAGAAAACUGAUUAUUGGUUUCAGAUCUGUUAAAUAGGCCGUUAUUUGUUGUGAGAAUUGCUUCAAAGUGGUUUUGGUUCCCUUCGGAAAGGCUGGUAUACGGGAUCUUUGGUCAAUACUCACUUCUUCAUGUUUCAUGCAUUCUACAAUCAUUUAGACACCCAGACCCAGAGGAAAAUACAAGCUAGGUCGUAUAAGCCCUUAAGCCUCCAUGGCGGGCUCAAAAGCUCAGGCGGUUUCAGAGUGGUUUUCUUUCAGUUAAUUUGUUCCAGUGCUUUUCAUUCAAAUGUGGAAGAGGAUUGGCAUGCAUACAACACAGAUAGAAGUGAUUCCAAGGCCUCAUAUACUGGCCAGGGACCUGGAGGAUUGUUUUAAAAACCAUUCUAGGGGCUCCUGGGUGACUCGGUUGAGCGUCUGCCUUCUGCCCAGGUCAUGAUCCCAGGGUCCUGGGAUCGAGCUCCGCGUCAGGCUCGCCGCCUCAGUGAGGAGCCUGCUUCUCCCUCUGCCUGCUGCUCCUCCUACUUGUGCUCUGUCAAAUAAAUGAAUAAAAUCUUGAAAAAAAAAUUUUAAAAAAGCAUUCUAAAAAAAAAAGUGAAUUAUGAUACCAGUAAAGUUUUGUUAGCCCUACUAAGUUCAGACUUUAUCUCAUACUUUAUCUUUUACUGAAAACUCUCCCAGAUCCCACACAAAUCCAGACUCGCUAUUUUUGAUGACUUAGGCUCUAAUCGCAACACAGCACAUGGCAGAACGUGUGCGGCUGGGGCUCCUCAGCUUGAGGAUACCGUGUGUUUGUGUUGUGAAGGGAGAGACUAGGUUGGCUUGUAGGAAGAAACUGAAUGUAAUUUUAAGCAAUUUACUUUUAAAAAUAAACACGAUUAUUUAGCAGAGGAUAUUUUAAAUAAAUACAAAAUAACAGAUGGACUGCAGAAUGUCAAGGACUGAUUAACUAGAAAACACAUCCCUUUGGAUGACUGAGAGUGAUCAAAAAAGACUUAUGUGUUCAGUCUACAUUUUUGCUGUAUGGCAUACCUUGAAAACAACUUCCACAUACCAUGGUUAUUUUUGUACCUCUUGUAGGUGAUAGGGCCUAUUUGCUCCUUUAGCUGCUCUAGAAAGCUGGUCUGCAAUUGAGCAUCUUAACCCCAAUUCACACUCCCACGUCACUUCAGGAGAGAUGAUUGACAGUGAGGCAAGUGAUGGAUAAAAGCCAACAAUGAUCUCAGGAAUCACAUUUUCCUACAGACCAUGAGGUGGUGUCACACAGCAAUAACGCAGAUUAGAUCAACAUUGAACAUGUCUGUUAAUGUGGAUUUCACUUUAUGACCGACAACUUAAAAAAAUUUAAAAUUCUUGUUUGACCAAAUAGUAAACACCUUUGAAGCUGUGCAUUGUGUCCUUCAUUAUUCAUUUUAAUGUGUAUCCUUUUGAGUGACUUCCAUGUAUCUGGCAUUAUGGGGAGAGAGAGAAAUAGGAAGUUGGUGAUAUGUUUAUUGCAAAGAUAUUUAGCAAAUAAAUACUGUAAAGAUUAAUCAGUAAACGUAGAAUCAAUUUUUAUCCUUUAAUCUGUUUACAUUCAGUCUUAAGAAAUAAUCUUUACCUUUUUAAAGCACAGAUUGUUUGUCUGGGUUAAGAAGCUAUGUACAACAUGAUAUUAAAAAAGACAGUUUAACGAA